AUGCCAUUUAGAUUCGCCGAACUCUCGACCGCCAGGAAAUCCGAGAGACACUCGAAAGCCGUCAGCCAUACCUCGUCAAGAGCUGCAUCUGCCAAAGGAAUGCCUCUACCGCCUCCGCCUCCGCCACCACCUCCUCCACCGCCUCACUUUCUACCAGAUCGGAGUGCCGCAGCAUCUCCAGCCAGUUUUGAGUAUGAUAACGGGACAGGAAUGCUGGAUCCUCAGCUUGUCCGAGACCAAGGUUUACCCCUGCAUGUGAAAACCACUGAUCAACUUGCUGCUUUCAUCAGGUCACGCGGCCAGGAUGAAUGGUCGCCAGUCUCUUCUUCGCAUUAUUCAGUGGAUUGGCCAGCACCUGCUCGCUCUGAAUCUCUGCAUCGUACCAACUUAGGCUUGCAUUCACCAUCAAUGGACACCUCACAGCCCCACAGUCGCCGUCCUAGAACCGUUGCCGAUCCGCUGCUCGCUGGGAUCAGCAGAAGGUACGUAGCUCCAACCGUCGUGCUGACUUUGCCGGGAACAACACGAAAACACAAGUACGAGGGAUAUUGGCUGGCCAAGGGCACUGUGCGUAAGGCUCAUGUCGAAGCCAAAAUCAAGAAGGACAAGCGAUGCAGGAAAAAGCCGAAGGAUGCCAGAGUCGACCCGGAAAAGAGGUACGUAGAAACCAGUGGCUGGUACGAUGAUUAG